AUGCUUGGAAGUAUUUUUGAUGCAUUGGUGACCGUACAAAAUGAGCUCACAAGCAGUGUGCAAAAGCUGCGAAACGCCACAUCGUCCGCUGUACAAAGGAGCUCAUCAGAAGCGAUUGCAUCUCUUUUGAAAACACAGGCCGGAAGCAAUCUACUGUUGAAGUAUCAACUAAGCAUCGAAACAAUGGAGCAAAUAAAUGAUGAAAAUAUACGUUUGGCAAAUUUGUGCAGUACCCGUAUGGGACGAGCGCAGCAGAUGUGUAACGAACGUGCUGAAGUUAUUUUGGCCUGUCAUAACCAUUUACGUACAUUAAGUGAAACAACAAAGGAACUGGUUGAUUUAAAUAAUAAAAUUAGUAAACUGAGUCGAUUCUGUUUACAAACAGAAAUAGCAAUGACACAUUUGGAGGCAUUGCAAAUCAUUGCUGAUGCUGAAACAGAUAUUGCUUCCAUGAAAAAUGAUUUGAGAAAGGAGAAAGCAAAAAUCAGUAAUUUUCUGAAGUUUUCCAAUAAUAUUCUGGAGGUUGGUCAUUCACCGAUGGCACUGAAUCAAAGUGAAUUGCCAUUGCGAAAUCAAUCUAAUUUAGAAAAAGAACGUUUAGAGGAAGUUGCAUUGGAAGAAUUUUUGAGUUGUCAUGAAAAUGAAAAUUAA